UUUUCCACAAAAGUUUACAUUUUUCACAGAAGGAAAUGUAUUAGUACAUAUGAGAACAUAUUGUAUUAUUAAGAAAGGCUUAGAUACAGAAAGUGAUUCAAGAUAUAAGAGGGAGAGGAGAGUUUCAUACAGUUUAGCGCGUCAGCGGUCCGUGUUGCCAUGGAGACAGACCCCGCCCUGCUGACCAUUACACAUCUCACUUCAGUCCAGAAACCAACGUUUUAGUUCAAAAGGUAAGGUGAAUACUACAGCAUUCUUAAUGUGUAUAAAUGUAUUAUAGCAGUAUUUGUGUUAAAUAAAAAAAAACAAAAAAUUCAUAGCAUUAUUUGCAGGACCCGCUGUGGUUUUCCUUUACUUUAUUUAAUCUUCUGAAACAGAAGAUAACCUUCUAGUAUGCUAACAUUAGGUAUACCUAUAGCUUAACAGUUAUAACUGUUAAAAUUGUAUUGGCUUGUAAGAUUAUUCAAGUUACCAACAUCCUUUUUGAAGCCUUUUUCCAAAAUGUUUGAUUAACGAAAAUGUUUCAAAAUCAAACGGCGAUCUAUAGCUCCCUGUUGUAGAGCUUUACAGUGUGAGAAACCUACCCUUGAGACAUUUAUAUAUGCCACAUUACAAAUGUUACAUUUUUACAUUAACAUGAAAGUUUCUCCAUCAGACCUGUUAGAGAAAUAGCGGAGCGUAAUGUUAGCCACUCUGCAGUAUUUUCCGGAGCUCAUUUGAAUUUUGCCGCCUUUUUAUAGAUGGUAGGCUAAAUUCUAGUAUGCCCCAGGUUAGCAAAGCAGUACAAUGCUUAUGCACAGGAUCUGGCGGGCAUCAGUUCCUUGUACACGAUGUUCACUCUGUGGUCCAUCUGGCCUCUGAUGCAUAUGUAUAUGGUGGGCUUGAUGAGUGUAGUGCUUUUCCCUUUGAAAAUUACCUGCAUUCGCUCAGGAAGGAACCCUCUCACAAAUUGUAAAAGACUGAGUGUGCCUGACAGGCAGAGAGAAGAAUUGCAAAAAAAGAACUAGAACUGUGGUGAGAACUCAAAAACCCAGCAAUGAUUUUGCUCUAGGUGACAUGCAAUGCUGUGCGGUUGUCUCUGUCGUAAGUGCAAAAGAAGGCAGUGAAAACAUAGUGUUUUUUCGUGUUUAUGACAAACUUAAGCCAUAUUUUAUGCACUCUUGUGACUGUCUUGUGACAGCUGUCUGAAAGGCAAUUAGUAAGACAGGCAGUUUUAAUUGAGGCACAGGAUGAUGUACAAAUUGUCCUCACAGUGCUGCAUUCAUGUUAAAGUCUCUCAAUCCCCCCAUGCUGCACAGACACUGCUUUUAUUUUUACUUAUUUAUUUACUUACUUACUUACUUACUUAUUAGUUUAUUUGGUUUGUUGCUUUGCUAUUUUUUUUCCCAUACAUCUAAGACCACCAGAGUAAUUCCCUACACAUCCAGGUCAAGCAAUGUAUAUUUUACAUUUAACUCAUUGUUUACCUUUCAGAGGUUGUCUCACAGCUACACAGUGGUUAAAUUUUUUUGAGACAACACUGUGGAUGUUGUGGCAUCCAUGUGACUUGAGAUAAUCAAGGAUGUAUUUUGCAAAAACUAUAGAAUGGUAAAAAUCUUAUAGUCUGAUGUCAGAAAGCUAUAUACUGUGACUUUUUUAAAUAUACAUUCACCGAGAACUUUAUUAGGAACACUACGCUAACACUGGGUGGCCCUUCUUUUGCUCUCAAAACAGCCUCAAUUGUUUGUGGCAUAGAUUCCACAAGAUUUUGGAAACAUUCCUUUGAGAUUCUGGUCCAUAUUGACAUGAUUACAACAUGCAAUUCCCACAGAUUUUUUAGGUUUUUCAUGCUGUGAAUCUCCCAUUCUACCACAUCCCCAUUCCAAAGGCGUUCUAUCGGAUUCAGCAGGGAUGUGAUUUUUCUGUAUGAUUUCCGUAUUUUCCAAUCUGAGAAGUAUGACCCACAUGAAUCUGAGAAUUUCAUGCGGGGGUGGAUGUCAGUGGAGUUGAUGUCGUCAGGAUGCCACUGGAUCCUUGCCACUUCUACGUCAAGCUCGUUCGAGUUGAGAAUGCGCCAGAGGCUUCAUUCAGGACUUAACUGAGGUCACUCAGCUUUAUCUUAAUGAAUCCAAAGAAAUAAAAGCUUACAGUUUAGCCUUUGCAGAGUGUCCAGACAUCAUACUGUAGUUUUUGGGGAAUUGAAAUAUGUAAUCCAUUAAAAAAUAGCCACCGAGCAGAUGGAUUAGCACUCCUAAAAACAUGUAGUGUCAUUUUUAUUCAUAGUCAUUUCCAUUUAAGUGGGGAAAAACUGCAACGGACAUGACAGUUGUGAAAGUGCCACUUGAGGGAAAGUUGAGGGAAAAAUCACUAAAACACUGUGAAACCUUCACAUUUUGACAUUCUGAGUCAUCAGUAUGAUAUCCAUUAAGACAGCAUUAUGGGCUGUAUAAAGAUUGAAAUCGUGAAAUGGCCUUCAACAUUUACUAAACAAACUGCAGAAUGUUUUCAGAAACAUUUAUUUUUUCAAUUAGAUUUAUUUCAUGCAUACAUUGCUUCCGACAGCACUGCACGAGGUAGCAGCGCCAUCUAGCGGCUAUGUGCGGGUUACCCUUAGCAUCUCAGCUAUGUGAAUAUGUUUGGCAAAAUAAUCCCUUUCCAGCUGUUGGCUAUAUAUACAGAAAACUUGAAACACAUCAUAGUAAAAGAGCGAUCAGUGGAUGUCUGAAACUGUCAUGUUUGCAGUGCAUUACUACUUCAUAAAGUAAAGAAUGGAGGUCAUUUAUUUGUCAUUUUUAACAUCAACACAAGUCAGCUUUGUACAUAAAGUAUCAAUUUAUUUGAAUGAAUAUAGUUUAAUUGAUUAUUAAACUGAUAAAAAAAAAAAUUUACCAAUCAGAAUUGAGUAAUUAUAAUGGUUUGUAUUUUGUAUGGCCAAGCAUGAAAUAUUAUUCCAGGGAAGCAUAGGUGCAUAUAUACGAUUUAGCCCUCUUUCUGAUGUUAAUUUAUGUACUUAUAAUUGAUUUAAUCUCUGUGGUAUUAUUAGCAUUAGAAACUAUUUGUUCUCUUAUUUGCUGUCAGACAAAUGAAUGACAAUUCUACAUUGCAUUUAUUUCUAUUAUUAUUUAUUUUCAGCAUACCAUAAACUCAUGGCCAGGUGGGUAGGAGAUGUUCCUUCCUUUUUGUUCCUAGCUGAUCACAUGCUUCACAUGAUCACAUGAUUCAGAUCUGGUGACUGGGAAAGCCACUGAAGAAUGUUGAACUCAUUGUCAUGUUCAUGAAACCAGUUUGAGACAAAUUUUGCUUUGUAACAUGGUGCAUCAUGCUGGAAGUAGUCAUUAGAACAUUGUAAGGGUAAAUUGUGGCCAUGAAGGGAUACACAUGCUCAGCAACAAUACACAAAUAGGCUGUGGCAUUCAAGCGAUGAUUGUUAUUAACAGACCCAAAGUGUGCCAAGAAAGCAUUCCCUACACCAUUACACCACCUCCACCAGCCUGGCCUGUUGACACAAGUCAGGUUGGGUCCAUGGAUUCAUGCCGUUGGUGUCAAAUUCUGACACUACCAUCUGUGUGCCUCAGCAGAAAUCGAGAGCCAUCAGACCAGGCUAUGUUUUUCAAGUCUUCAACUGUCCAGUUUUGGUGAGCCUGCACCCACUGCAGCCUCAGCUUUCUGUUCUUGGCUUUCAGAAGUGGAACCCAACGUGGUCUUCUGCUGUUGUAGCCCAUCCACCUCAAGGUUCAAUGUUUUGUGCAAGCUAAGAUGUCUUUCCUCUCACCACAGUUGUAAAGAGAAAUGAUAUGAGUUACUAUAUCCUUCCUGGCAGCUCAAAUCAAUUUGGCAGCUCAAAUCAAUUUGGCCAUUUUCCUCUGAUCUCUCUGAUCGAAGUCACAGAGAUGACACGUUUUCUUCAUUCUAAUGUUUGAUGUGAACAUUACUCAAAGCUCUUGACCUGUAUCUGCAUGAAUUUAUUUGUGCUGCUGCCACAUGAUUGGUCUGCAUAAAUGAGCAGGUGUUCAGGUGUUCCUGUUAAAGUGGAUAGUGAGUGUAGCUAUACAGUGCAUUUAAGAACUAUUGAAACCCCUUCCCUUUUUCAUCAAUCUGCAAGUUCUCAAUUAUAUAAAAGCAGAUACACUCAAUCAUUGCUAUCCGUGAGUUCAGCUCUAGCGAAUUCGCUUAUUCACUUAUCAGAAAAAGUGUAAACCAUGAGGCAAUCACUCAUGAGGCAAUUCAAGGCCAGUAUCGGGUAGCAGAAGUGUUUGGUGAAUCCCGUUCCGCACGAUAUAGAACGAUACUGGAGAAUGGUAUAUACCUGCAAACCUAAAUGCUGUUUGAAUAUGACCCAAAUCAAAUAGUUGCUUUGUGAACGAUAUGCAUUCUUUUUCACCAAAGCACCAAAGAAAUUGUGCAUUAGAAGGCACACCCACAUGCAAGUUAGUUGUGUUGAUGAUGCCGUCUUAUGAUCUUCUUGUGAGUUUCAUGUGUAGUAGCCACAUAGACAAGUUUUAUGUCAAGAUAGAGUUGAUUAUGCAGUUUUUUGUUUCUCAGAUCAUCUUGUUUUAAAUAGAAUAUGUCUAGGUGCUAUUUCCUCCUGAGACCCAGCCCAUUGACUCAUGUCCUCUGUAGUAGACAUUUUGUCCACAUGCUUCUCCUUUUACUGUUUUGAGCUCCUCAAUCAAUCUCUGCAGUCCUGUAAAGAGGACAUCCUGGGCUUUUUAACGAUAGGUCAUGUGAUAGGGUGGGACACUGGGAACUACUUCUUCCUUUACAUCAAAAAUGGCUGGCAAGAACAAGCACAUUUUAUGGAAAGAGGAGAGGGGUAAGUCAAAUAUUGUCUGUCUGUUGUUUUUUUACUAUGAUUAUCAUACAUUAUCUUGUUUAUUAAGAUGACAGGAAUUAUAUAUUUAGCUCUGAAAGCAGUUAAAUUAUUUGUGCUGUGAGAUAAUAGUCACUGUUUUAAUGCCAGUAUAGAGGACAUCAUUAUAGAGGACAUCAAGACCAUUUUAAGGCGAGACACAGCAGGCAAAAACAUUGUUUUUUCAUGCCCUGGUCAAUUUUGAGAUUUUGGGAUAGUUGUUGUACUACAACCGAUACUACAACCGAGAGACUUCUUUACAAGAUAGUUGAGGGAGAUUCAGAUUUGGACCUGUCAUAUGAUGAGAAAGAUGAGGAUGACUUUGAACCUGUAAUACAAGAAUAUGGUGAAGAAGAGGAAGAAGAUGCAGGAAGCUCAGGUGAGCAGACAGACAAUGACACAGAGACAGACAGGGAUGAGCAGGAAAGACGUCCUCUGUGGAUCAGGAGUAGCACGCAGGUUUUGUUUAGAUUUAGGAUAAUAUGGUCAGUUCCAGUAAUUAGCCACUACUGAUAUUCAUGUUGACAAAAUGUUAGCAAUUAAUGUUAGCAACUAACUAACGCACAUUGAAGCAUAACCAGAGCCCAUCUUAUUCGUGGGUGCAUCAGUUCUGUACACUUACAGCAAAAGAAGGAGGAAACUCAAUCAAAACUGUUGGUCCUAACCUUCAAUGCUUUGUUGCUGUUGCAAUUUUACCUUUUUACUGUUUUUUUUUUUUUUUUAAAGAUAGAUUCACCCCUGUGUUACCUGGGCUUGCUGUUUGUCAAGAUGACCCUGCAACCCAUGCAGACUGGAGUCCAGUUCAGUUACUUCUCACAAUACAUUGACAGCAAAGUCUUUGAAGAUUUGUCAGAAUUCACAAAUCAAAGAGAAUUACAAACCAGAGGAGUGUUUCUGUAUACAACUCCAGAGGAAAUGAAGAUCUUCUUUGGCAUACCAGUCCACAUGGCCUGCCUUGGCUAUUCCAGAAUUGAAAUGUUUUGGGCCAAAAAAACAAAAGUGCCAGUAAUAAGCAGCAAAAUGUCAAGGGAUAAGUUCUUCAAACUGAGAAGCUCACUCAAGAUUGUUGAUGACCUGGCUGUAACAGAGGAAACAAAGAAGGCAGUCAUUCUUUGGAGAGUCAGGCCAUUACUUGACCGUGUGAGACAAGGUUGUAUCAGCCUCCCAAGGUCAGAGAAGGUCUGUAUUGAUGAGCAGAUCAUCCCUUUCAGAGGCUGCUGUCCAGUCAGGCAAUAUGUUCCAGGCAAGCCAAACCCUACUGGCCUCAAAGUCUUUGUCCUUGCUUCCCCAAAUGGUCUGAUGGUCGAUUUUGAAGUGUGUCAAGGAAAGAAUACAUUCAGGGGCCAAAGAUUGGGAGUUGGAGCAGCUGCAUGGUUGAAUCUGUUCCUGCAAGAAGUCACCUAUUCUUUGACAGAUAUUUCACAACAAUCUCAUGAUACAUUGCUUGCAAAGGGCUUUCUAGCAACAGGAACUACGAUGAAGAAUCGAGUCCCAAAGCCAUGCAAUCUGCCAGGAGACAGGGAGUUGCAGAAAGAGAGGAGAGGAGCAUCAGUGUCGGUGGUUAGAAAGAAUCCUGGGCUGGCAAUCACAAAAUGGUAUGAUAACAAACCGGUGUUGAUGGCUUCCACCAUGCAUGGGAAAGAUCCUGAAGAUAUCUGCACCAGAUGGUCCAAUAAAGAAAAGCUCAAGGUCCAGGUGAGAGGACCAGCAGUUAUCAGAGAGUACAAUGACAACAUGGGUGGUCUAGACCUAUGUCACCACAUGCUGAGCUUUUAUCGUAUGUCUAACAGGACCAAAAAAUGGACAUCACAUGUGAGUACUCACUUUUUUGAUGUUGCCAUCACAAAUGCAUGGAUCCAGUACAAGUCUGACAGGAAAUCACUUAACUGACCAGCAAAGAAUACUCAACAGUAUCUGGACUUCAAAUUGCACUUGGCUGAAGAGUUGUUGGAAUAUCCAGAACUUGAUCAAAGAAGUGAAGAUAGUGAUGUAGAGUAUGAGCCACCAACCAAAAUGAGGAUCCCAGAACCAGAGCGUUCUGUGCGCAGACUAGGAGCCAUACACAUGCCGGAGAUGGUGGAUAUCAAGCAUGCAGAAAGAUGCAGAAAUAAGGGCUGCAAAAGCAAGACAUACAUGAGGUGUACCAAAAGCAAAAUGUUUCUCUGCAUUACCAAAAAGAGAAGCUGCUUCCAGGAGUAUCAUGGCUAAAAGCAAAACAUGAAAAAGAAUGAACAUAAAACUAGAUUGGUUUAGAUUGAGUUUGAGGGCAAAAAAAUAAAUAACAAAAAUGGUAUAAGCAUGUGUUCAGUUUAAAGGGUUUUAAUUGAUAUAGCUAUCCAAAUGUAUCCAUAUUGAUAUUUUAAAAUCAAAAUGAUUGUUCUUUGUUUAAUAUCAAUCUACAUCAGUUUUUUAUCUUUUAAGUUUGGCUGUCUUUUUACACUAAAAUAGUCCUUUUGUCCACUGUAGUAAAAAAUAAAAAAAAAAAAUUAAAUUGCAGUAUGUUUUUUGAAGGCAAAAUAGGUAGAAAAUCUAUUUUUUAAUCUAAAAAGUAAAAACAAUUGAAUGACACUUUUUUCCUUGGUUCCCAGUAGGAUUUACUAUCUUGUUUAAUAAUCAGAAGCUGCUGCGGCCCCCAGGAAGACACCUGUUAAUGUCAGCUUGGCUGCAGAUGCCACACUAGACAACACAGCUGGGCAAUUCCUUUGGGAAACUGAAAAAGGUGGAGCAUGCCGUAUUACUCUGACUGGACAACUUGGAACAGAAACUUUCAACAAAAGCAUCUUUAGGUGUCUUGUUUCACAAAGCUACCUAGCAGUUGAGAAAAUCCUGGAGACUCCUUGCAGCAAAACAGAAGAACUGUGUUAAUUUGUCAUUCGUAAUGUAUUUUUUUAGUCUGCUUGGAGGAACACCUCCAGCUGAUGCUGUGAAGAGAAUUCUGUGAAACCUAGCCACAAAUAAUGUAUGGUGUCACUUCAGCUUGAAGGGUCGAAAGGGGAAGAAGAGAUUCGAUGCAGUGUGAUCAUUUGUAAGACCUCCAUUAUUUUUUAUUGUAGUGCAUUAGCAAAUAAUUGUCAAAAAAUAUAUUGGACUGAUGCUUUUGAUGAAUUGGACAAUAAUUGGUGAUGUAUUUAUUGUCUUCUGAAAGAGCAGAAUGUUUAGGUGCUAUGGGUUACUAUGCUAUGAUGGCUUCAUCAUGUUGAUUUUACUGUAUUUCUGCAUUGUGACUACAGGUCACCAAGUAAAAACUUAGAAUCACACUUAGAGACUGAAUGUGAGUGAACCAAGGAGCUUUAUUUGAAUGCAUAUAAAUCACCCACCAACACAAAAAUACCUAAGCUCCUUCCCCCUCUCUUAGUUUGGAGGGCCUUUUUUUUAAAAGUUAAAGGCAUGCACUCUGCUCCACAGAUAGUGAAGGUUCUAGUUAAAAGUUACCAGUUAAAGCCAGUUCAAACCAAUACCAGUUAAAAGUUUGGACACAGCUAAUCAUAGAAGCCAUAUUUUACAGUUUUUAUUAAUAUAAAUCUGGUGUUUUUAAACUUUUGACUGGCAAAAGCUCACUUGAGCAAUCAUGUAACAUGAUUAACUAGAAGAAGUAAUGAUAUACGUCAUCAAUGUUGCUGCUUUUGAAUUUUCAGCGGUUUCACACCACUAACAUUCUUUAGUGUGGGGGAAACUUUUGUCCCUCGUUUUUAUUUUUUUAUUUUUUAUUAUUGAUUUUAUUUUUUUGUGAUUUUCUCAGGGAACAUCAGGCAGUCAGAGCAGUGUAAGUGAGCGUAAAGCAUUGCAGUUCAUGAGAGAUAGCAAGAAUGUUCUUUUACUCAUCUGUAAGAAAAUUCUGGAAAAGUGUCCACUGAAGUACCCCAGUGUUUGAAACAUGAUGUGUCUGGACCCAAAGAGAAUGCACUCAGAGCCAGAUGUGCUCCUGCAGAAAAUGAAGGCCCUCAUUCUGAAGUUUGUCCACAAUAAACAGUUGCCCAGUGGAUUUAAAGCUGGUAAAUUAUGUGUAGGUCUAAGAAUAAGAUUAAAAUAGACAGCCUGCUUAUAGCAUGAUGAAUAAUUGCACGGUAUACCCUCUCUAAAUGUUGAUGUUGAUGUCAUCUACUUAACCAUAUCAGUGGCCAAGAUGAGUAUCAAAUGGUGUUUUUUUGUUUGCAUUAGUUUUUUGGGUGUUGUGCAUCUGUUUCAUAAAAGAGAUUAUUUAUUUAUGUAUGUAGUAGUGUAUUUAGUUGAAAUAUGGUUGGAGAUUUGAGACUUUCUGUGCUAUUAAAUAGGUCCAAAAUGGUUUCCAGAAGACUAACAUUUUAAUGUGCUGUAAAAAUCAAUACUGCUACUAACAUUUGCUUUUUCUUAAUUAUACAUAAUAUGGGUGAUGAGAUCACCCAACAGUUUGGAAAGUUCCUCUUCAGUGAGGCCAGAGGGAAGAACAAGAGCUUCAGUACUGCAAAUGCAAAAUCCAGAGUUGAUGUAUUUUUGCAUGAGUACAUGCGUGUCACAUAUAAUGAACACUGGAGCCUUGUUCAGAAACUUUUGCUCAUCUGGACAGGCAACUGUGGAGCGUGGGUUCUCUGUCAAUAAAGAAGUGGAGAUGUGGAAUGUGGAUGAGGACACAGUUGUCACACACAGACUAAUCUGUGACUAUGUGAGAAUGUGUAGUGGAGUGACCAAAGUUCCACUUACCAAAGAGUUACUGAAUCAUUGUGCAUCUGCGCGAACCAGAUAUAGAAUGCACUCGGAUAAUGAAAAGAAGAAAAAGGAAAAGGCUGAACAUAUGGGCAAAAGAAAAAGGGCAGAAGAUGAACUUAAAGAACUAAGGAAGAAAAGAAGAACCAUUGAGAAUGUAUGCAGCUCACUUGAAAAAGAGGCAGACAGCUUUGCAGAGAAAGCUGAGAAUGCAGCAGGGACCAAGAUGGCAGAACUGAUAACAAAAUCUGACACGCUGAGAAGACAGAGUAAGGAUUUGAAAGGACAGUUAGACCUAGAGAGGGAAAAUGAAAGGAGGAAAGAUGAGUUGAGGCACAAUUCAUGAGUCCUCUGUCAAAGGGGAGAAUGCAGCUCUUGUGUGGAAUGAUUACUUUGUUUCUGCAAUUUGAAAUGUCUUCAUCAGAGACAUCAGGGCCAUAAACUCAGGUUACCUCAGUCACAUUACAAUCAGUUAUAACAGAAUGUUAGUUUUGCAGUUUUGCUAGGCAAUGUUCUAUGUUUUAAUAUGUUACAUGUUGAUAUGUGGCCCAGCCUGUUUGAUUAAAAUAAUCUGUGAAACAUUAUGUAUUGAGAUUGUGUGAGCUUGUUCUUCAUGUAUUAAUUUUUUUUCUUCAAUUUGAAAAAAUUGAAAGAAUAUUAUUUCUUAAUUCUUAGAAUUUGAAAGAAUAUUAUUUCUUAAUAAGCCUUAAAUGUGACUUUAAAAUAUGUGCAGCAACCCUGCCAGGAGGCUAAAGAGCAGGAGACUAAGAGUGGAAUCACUGAAUUCGUUUUACCUCAAACUUCCUCUGAGCGAGUAUAGUAUGCUGUUGUUCAAUCAGUUUUAUCUGAUUAAAUAUUGAGGAUUUGCCUGAAUGUCAUUAACUGAAAAAACUAGCUGAAAAAAAUUGCCAUAAUAUAUUUAGUCCCAUAGGAUAACUAGUAACAGUGUCACUAUCAAGCUAGCAAAUAUUAGGCUAAAUAUUAUAUUGUGUAAAGCUGGUAGCCAAGGAUGCUAACUAAUAUAUUGGGAUAUAUAACUAGGCCUAAUCAGUCCAGUGCCAGUUAGCCUGAUUAUGCUGAUACUUUCCCAUCAAUUCUCAAAGAUUUUGGACUGAAGGUUGAGAUUAUUGGAUAGAUUUAUUUAUCUAUCUAUCUAUCUAUUCAUAAAUGAUAGUUUACAUUCUAUAAAUAUGCCAAUUUACAAAUUUAAAAGCCUACAUAAAUAACCACAUCAUAACCACAUCUCUCACACACACAC